AUGGAUGUUCAUAAUGCCUUCUUGCACGGUGACCUUACGGAGGAAGUUUAUAUGAAAUUGCCACCCGAAUUUCUUGCUCCUGGUCUGGGCAAGUAUGUUGACUCUGAAAGUCUUUGUAUGGAUUUAGGACCUCUAAAGUAUUUUUCGGGAGUUGAAGUUGUACGUGGACCAACUGAGUUAUUUAUCUGUCAACGGAAAUAUGCCUUGGAUAUAAUCUCUGAGUCCGGAUUACUGGGAGCUGAACCAAUCAAUACUCCCAUGGAACAGAAUCAAGAUUUGAUAUUGGCCAAAGGAGCCAGUUUGAGAGAUUCGGAACUAUACCGACGUUUGCAAACGAAGGAAGCACAUUGGAACAUGACUCUCUAUGUGGUGUGCUACUUGAAGAAGAACUCAGGACAAGGCAUUGUGAUGAGAGAAAUUUGUGAUCUCCAGUUGUAUGGAUGGUGUGAUUCGGACUGGGAUAGAUGUUCGUUCACUCAAAAAUCACUUUCCAGUUGGUUUAUCUCCCUUGGGAAUUCACUCGUAUCAUCGAAAACCAAGAAGCAGGACAUUGUCUCUCGCUCGUCAGCGGAGGCAGAAUACCGAUCAAUAGCAAUGACAAUCUGUGAAUUGAAAUGGUUAAAGAUAAUUUUGCAUAUUUUGAGCGUUGAACAUAAAUCUCCGCUGAAAAUGUAUUUUGAUAGUCAAGUGGCAUUGUAUAUUGCAUGA